AUGACACAAAAACAGCCGACUCGCUUUUCAGAAGGAGGAGUAGAGGAAACGAGUGAUGGCGAUUGGAUCAGUGAUCACGCCCUCUCGCUACGUCGAGCGCUCCAGUAUCUGAACAGUGGGGUGGCAAACGCGGGUGCUCCAACGGCGAUCGCUGAAGCAAAUGUUGUUCUUUUAUUUCUCGUGAUUGGUUUCACAACGUUCCAUGGCUCAGAGGCGAACGGGUUAGAUGAGGAUGGCCGCGCGACGGAAUGCGCAACAAAGCAAAUGCCCCUCGAGGAAUAUCUACAGCUCCUGAACGACAAUACUACGUCCCAUUGUCAGGGAAAUGAAGAAAGCUACGCGAGAUCCUCUUUCUGUUCGUAUUAUUUGAAAGACUGGCAUUUGCAAACAUGGCUGGAGAUGAAUCAUCCAGCUUUACAUCCAUUGUAUGAGGUCCCCGAACUAUUUGAAACGGACGUGCUGAAUCGGUUUCUUACUCGGUUUACAGCAGGUGACUAUCGAUUCGUAUACUGGGGGCCUGCCGCAUCCGUGACUACACCGCAUGCGGAUGUGUUGAAUUCCUUUUCCUGGAGUUUCAACGUACGGGGUGUCAAAAUUUGGACUUUCUAUCCACCCUCCUGUCUACCCAAUUUUCAGGGACGCGAACUUCGCGUUCGACAAGAGAUGGGAACGUGCGUUUUUGUUCCAGCUGGAUGGAAACACGAGGUUUUCAACGAAGAAGAAACCAUAUCCAUCAAUCACAAUUGGAUCACAAGUGCCAACGUUGAUUUAACUUGGACCGUGGUGCGACAAGAAUUAGAAGCUGUCGAGCAGGAGCUGCGAGCUUGGGGAAUCGACGAUUGGGAGGCGAGGGAAUCAAUGCUGCGCGGUUGUAUUGGGCUCGAUGUUUCGUCAUUUUGCUUCAUGAUUCUGUGUCGGUUGGUCGAGCUGCGACAAAACAAAAGCGAAUUGGCGGAUGACCAUUUGGCAGCCUUGGAGAUUUCGAGCCUUCGGUCUGCCCUCUUCGUCGUACUUGAAGAUGAUUCACAAUGAUCUCAGGGAAAAAAACAACGGAGCAGUGAUUCUGUGAGAGCACCUCAGGUCAUUUAUGGAUUUACCGACCGUUUGACUUUUUUCGGGCUGUUCUGCGCUCGCUUCGCCGAUGUAGCAUUAGAAGAUCUUCCAGUGCAUCAUCAUCUAACUUGAGAAGCUCAGUCAAAAGCUCUUGUCGUCGUCCCACUGCAUCAGAUAUUUGGUCGGAUCUGUCAUCGGAAGCGGCUGUUGUACUGAAACAUGAGUACCGCGAGGAUUUCUUCGCAAUCUUUACAAUCUGUUUGUUGACAGCUCGGCACCUUAAAAAAGAAUUGGCUUCUGGUUUGACACCCAAUGCAGUUUCCAAGGGUUUGAGAUCCUUCAAAAAUAGUAAAAUUCGAAGCCGAACGUUCUCCGGAAGCUCGGCGAGAUUGCGCAAGGAUAGACUUUUGUCAUAAAAAAUGCUUGGAUUGGUCGGGAUCCCAUAGGCAAAUCCUACGCGCUCCAGCAUAGUCUCGAAGAAGGCACCACUUCUUGAAGAGCUCUCUCCGUUUAGGAUAGUUAAUGGAAGCUGCAAAUCGAUGAGGGGCUCCAUGCGAAUGUGACCACCGUCGACCCGUAAUUUGUACUUCAUCAACGAAUCUCUUUUAGUCUGCUCUACAAGCUCUGGACUCUUUUCAGUAUCGGCAGUGAUACUUGCCUUCGAUGGCCCGAGUACUACAGCCUUUGCCUCUUCGACGACUGCCAAAAUGGCGUUUUUGAUCCCCCAAGAAGUGCCAACUGAGAUCGCACCGACACGAAUACUUGCGUGCGACUGCCUAGAAUCGACAGCAAUCCCAGGCUGAAAGAGAGCAAUGUAGCGUACUUGCAACGCGUGACGCUCUCGCGAUUCGUAGGCGAGUGUUUCGAGUGGCGGUGGGACGUCAAGCAGUGCAGCAGCCGUGGAAGGCCACGGCGGUCUUUUGUGCUCUCCAGCUUCCGUGAGUAGAGUUUCAACCGUCAUUUCAUCAAAAUCCACAAUUCGUUGCCGCAAGCCAACCGAAGCCAACUGUUUCUUUUCCAUACCUUUGUAUUCCCUCAUCACAAAAUGGCCAACGUCGAAUCUCA